AAAACUGCUAACGUAAAAUGAUCAGACAUAGUGAGUCAAACAGAGAUACUGGUGUGAGUUAUUUGAUACUGACAGCUUUAUUCCUCACAGGAACGGUACAGCUUGAAUUAGAUUUAUCACCGAAUGAUGGAACAAUAGUUCCGAUCGGAAGAAAUGUGACAUUUACGUGUUCUGUUAUACCAUGCAAUGAGACCGGAAGUGCGGUGUUAUCGUUCGGACUUGUUCAACAAUUAUUCAGUGGAUUGUGCAAUGAAACAAUUAUAAAAGCUAGAAGAUUUGAGUUUUCAUGCAAUUCAGUCCAGUGCUUGUACAGCCUGAAUGUAUACGAUGUUGAUAUAACCGAUCACAAACGACCAAUGAUUUGUACGUAUCUGUCGGCCUCAGCAGAUGUUUUAAAUAAAUCCACUACCAUUGGAGUCUUAGACAUGUUAGAUGAUGCAUACAACUUUACAACCAUAACACCUCCUGGUCCAUUUGUUGAUGGAGAAAGUGUGGAUUUCAAGUGUUGUGUUCAAAGAGAAAACAGUACAUACACUACUCUGUCAUUUCAGUGCCACGGAGAACUCAUUACUCAAGAAAUUGACAACUUUACUUGUUUAAAUUUAAAUGUAUCAAUUGAUAUAGAUCAGAAUAGAACAAAAUGCACGUGUACAACUCAAUCGAAGGAUAUGAGUUUUGAUAUGAGCUCUGAGCUCCAACUGGUUAUAAACCAAUAUGACUUUUCAUUCGAGUUAUCCCCAAUAACCAACGUUGUCUAUGAUACCUCGACAACAUUAGCAUGUCGUGUACCUGUAUUACAAUACCCUUUUGCCUUUGGACACUGGGAAUAUACGAAUGGAAAAGAAGAGAAAAGUCUCAUAUCGUCAAUUAUAUCAAAUGAAACAACACUCUUAACAGUCAAUAAUAGCACUUACGAAAAAAUGGGCAUAUACUAUUGCACAGUAGUUGAUGUUAGGAAAAAUAAUAGUAUCAUAGCAAACGCAUCGACAGAAUUAUAUGUACAAGGCAUGUAUUAA